AUGCUUUCAGCAAUAAAGUGCAUAGCCAGACAGAAAAAGGUGCUGAAAAUUGCAAAAGCAAUUUCAGCGGUGUCUUUGGCAUCAUUGAGGCCGGAGAAUUGCCGUUCCACUCAUUUCACUACUUUAACUCACUCUUUCUCAACCUCCAGAUGUUUGAACGUUGCCCAGGUUCUUUCGGGUAAGGAUGUUGCCAAGAAGAUCCGCGUGGAGACUCAACGUCAAAUUGUGUCCUUUCAGAAGAAGUUUCCCGGCUUCAGUCCCGUUUUAGCCAUUAUUCAGGUUGGUUCCAGACCCGACUCUUCUGCUUAUGUUCGUAUGAAGAAGAAAGCUAGUGCCAAUUCGGGUAUAGAAUGCCGAAUCAUCAAACUGUCCGAAGACACAGAUGAGGCAACUUUGCUCAAUCUGGUCGAUCGUCUCAACAACGAAGAGUCUGUUCAUGGAAUCUUGGUGCAACUACCUCUUCCACCACAAAUCGAUGACUCCAAGGUCACCAACAGUGUUGUUCCUGAAAAGGAUGUCGAUGGCUUUGACAGAUACAAUGUUGGUGAAUUGGCUAAAAGACAUGGAAAGCCAUUUAUGUAUCCAUGUACUCCUUAUGGGUGUAUGCGUCUUCUAGAAGAGACCGGCGUCGAAUUGGCCGGUAAAACAGCUGUUGUGGUCGGUCGUUCCGAUAUAGUCGGUUCUCCAGUAGCAGCUCUCUUGCAAAAAGCCGACUGCACCGUUACUGUGUGCCAUAGCCAUACAAAGAACUUGCCUGAGAUUGUGUCACGUGCAGAUAUCUUGGUUGUGGCCAUUGGGCAAACACAGCUCGUCCAAGGCUCUUGGAUUAAAGAAGGUGCCAUAGUAAUUGAUGUUGGCAUGAACUAUGUUCCGGAUUCUACAAAAAAAUCUGGCCAUAGGGCUGUUGGAGAUGUUGAUUAUGAAUCUGCCAAACAGAAAGCUUCCUGGAUCACCCCGGUUCCGGGUGGAGUCGGUCCUAUGACGGUGGCUAUGCUCAUGAAUAAUGUUUAUCGUGCAGCUAAGGAACAAUACGAGUCAUCUAUUGCUCCUGCUAUCUGUAGACCGAUGAAAUUGAACCGGAUAUUGCCUGUUCCAUCUGAUAUUGCCAUUUCCAGGGCUCAGCAACCUAAGCCAAUCACUGUAAUUGCCGAGGAAUUGGGUGUCAAAUCCGGAGAAGUCGAACCUUAUGGCAGUUAUAAGGCUAAGGUGUCAUUAAAGACUUUGGACAGGUUGCAGGCUCUUAGAAAGAACGGUUACUAUGUUCUCGUUGCAGGCAUCACUCCUACGCCUUUUGGCGAGGGAAAAUCCACCACUACCAUAGGUCUUGUUCAGGCACUAGGUGCCCAUUUGGGAAUUCCAGCCAUUGCAAAUGUUCGUCAACCAUCCCAAGGCCCUACUUUUGGAGUUAAAGGAGGAGCUGCGGGAGGAGGAUACUCUCAAGUGAUCCCUAUGGACGAAUUUAACAUGCAUCUUACAGGAGACAUUCAUGCUGUUGGAGCUGCCAAUAACUUACUUGCUGCUGCUAUUGAUGCAAGAGCUUUCCAUGAAUCGACCCAGUCUGACAAAUCAUUCUAUAGAAGGUUGGUACCUAAGCAAAAGGAUGGUCAUAGAGAGUUUACACCUUCUAUGUUACGUCGUCUUACCAAAUUGGGUAUCAAUAAGACUGAUCCUGACGAUCUUACGUCCGAAGAAGUCCAAAGAUUUGCCAGGUUGGACAUUGAUCCCGAUACUAUCACCAUCAAGAGAGUGGUGGACGUCAAUGAUAGAAUGCUUAGAGAAAUUACCAUUGGACAAUCUCCUACUGAGAAAGGAUUUACCAGGAAGACUGGCUUUGAUAUCACCGUAGCCUCAGAAAUCAUGGCUAUUUUGGCUCUUUCUAGAGACUUGAAGGAUUUGCGUAGACGUGUCGGAGACAUUGUUGUGGCCUCCAGCCAUCAGGGUGAGCCAAUCACUGCUGAGGAUAUUGGAGCUGCAGGUGCAAUUACGGCACUACUGAAGGAUGCUAUUAAGCCCAAUUUGAUGCAGACCUUGGAAGGUACACCAGUUUUCGUUCAUGCAGGACCAUUUGCCAACAUCUCGAUUGGAGCAUCUUCUGUUAUUGCUGACAGAAUGGCUUUAAAGUUAGUUGGAGCACCUAAGGUGACUACCGAACGAGGCGGAUUUGUUGUCACGGAGGCUGGCUUCGACUUUACUAUGGGAGGAGAGAGGUUUUUAAAUAUCAAAUGCCGGGCUUCUGGACUAAGGCCGGAUGUUAUAGUGAUUGUGGCAACCGUAAGAGCACUUAAGUUGCAUGGAGGUGCACCUAACGUUAAAGCAGGUCAACCUAUUCCAGCAGAAUACAAUACCGAGAACGUGGAGUUGGUCAGAAAAGGUGCGGCCACCAAUUUAGCUAAACAGAUCUCCAAUGCUAAAACCUAUGGCUCUCCUGUUGUGGUGGCUAUUAAUAAAUUCACCACCGAUACUGAAGCCGAGAUCGAGGCUGUCAGAGCCGAGGCCACUUUGGCGGGUGCAUUUACUACAGCAGUUUCCAAUCAUUGGGAACAAGGAGGUGAAGGUGCCAUUGAAUUGGCUCAAAGUGUGAUCAGGGCCACUCGUGAGAAACCGGUUUCGCACGGCCAACCUGUUAGCUACUUAUACCACCUCGACAGCAGUUUGGAAGAGAAGAUCAGAGCAAUUGCCACGAAGAUGUAUGGAGCCAAGGAUAUUGAACUUAGUGAAUUGGCCAGAAAACAGAUUGAGCGGUACGAGAAACAAGGAUUUGGACACUUACCGGUGUGCAUAGCAAAGACUCAGUACUCUCUUUCGCACGAUGCCAACUUGAAGGGAGCACCGAAAGGAUUUACUUUCCCGAUUAGGGAAAUUAAUAUUAGUGCCGGUGCCGGUUAUUUAUAUGCUCUGGCAGGUAAGAUCAUGACGAUUCCAGGAUUGCCUACUCAUUCUGGAUUCAUGAACGUGGAGGUAGAGGACGGUAAGAUAGAAGGAUUGUUCUGA